AGUAGUGAUGCCAAUCACUGAAACGAAAUUCGGUAAGCUAGGUUAGAUUUUGACAAGUUGCACCUCAAAAAGUUCAUAAAUGGCGCCAAAUAAAGGAAUUGUAAGUGAAGAGUGAUUUUGGCAAUAAAGAACAAGUGGAUGAACUUUUUAUCUUGUGAUGUAUAAUGUAUAUUUGAUUCCCUAAUAAUUAAACGUAAAGAAUUCUCUAAUAAUAUAACGUAAGAAUUUCAAUUACAUCUACGAAAAUUCAGUGUUUGUGUGAAAUAUGACGUCUCCCAGAAAUUUGAGAAGAUCUACGCGAAUAAAAGCUAUCGUGAAAUACACGGAAGAUAGCUUCGAAGAAAACCACGACAAUUCUCCACCGAUUGAUACAGUGGAGACUGAAGUAGAAAAGCAGCUUGAAGAUAUCAAAGAAAAUGUACAAAAACCACUUGAAUUAUUUUCUGAAAAGGAUAUAAGUGGACGAAAAUUAUAUACAUUUCAAACACCAACUAAAAAGAAUAGUAUGAUGCUUAAAGCUAAUCAAUGUCGUACAUCUAAGACUCCAAAAAAUACUAAAACACUCCCAACUUUAAAAAUUGUUCUUGAAAAGAUUAGUGUAGCAAGUUUAAAAAAUAAAAAUUUGGAAUCUGGCACUGAGAAUAUUAAGAUGAAAAUAAUCUCUAGAAAGCGACGUUCGUCUAGUGUAAGUUCAACUAGUGAAAGUGUAUCAGAGGAUAGCGAAUAUAUACCCACAGAUUUAGAAAUUAGUUCCGAAUCUGAUGAGAAGUCUAAUGAAAGCAAAGAUAAUGAAAAUUCUGAUGAAAGUGAAGAAGAAAAUAAUAUUAGAAGAAGAGGCAAACAAAGUAUACUACAGAAAUCUUUACCAAAACGUGAAGUACAAAGUACACCUAGAAGGACAAAAAGAGAAUGUAAAUCUAUUGUCUACAAAGAAUAUCAUAUAAAGACUGAUGAAUAUUUUGAAUCACAAUCACAAAAAACAAUUACAUCUGAUCAUACAUUAGACAGGCUUCGAAAUGUUCGCCUUACUGAAGAAAAAUUGGAUGAAUUAUUACAAACCCAAAGUUAUAUUUCUACAAUACACAAGAAACGUAUUUAUUCAUUAACAGAACAUUAUAAGUCAUUUUUUUCUAUGUGGCAAUUUAUAAUGGAAGAAGGCUACAGUCUAUUAAUUCAUGGUCUAGGAUCAAAAAGAAAUUUAAUUAAUGAUUUUCAUAAUGAAAUUAUAGUCGAUCAUCCAACAUUGAUUAUAAAUGGAUUUUUUCCCAGUUUGUCGAUAAAGGAUAUACUCGAUAACAUAAUAGUGAAUUUACUAGGUUUAGAUUGUCCAACAAAUUCUAGUGACUGUCUAAAACUUAUUGAAAAGAUUUUAAAAAGUAAUCCAGAUGAUCGACUCUAUUUAAUAAUUCAUAAUAUAGAUGGAAUAAUGCUACGUUCGAGUAAAGCUCAAAACAUUCUUGCUGGUCUAGCAACCAUUUCCAAUGUUCGAAUAAUAGCGUCUGUCGAUCAUAUCAAUGCACCGUUACUUUGGGAUCAUAUUAAACGAGCAAAAUUUAAUUUCUAUUGGUGGGAUGCGACGACAUUUUUGCCAUAUCAAGCUGAAACUGCAUUUGAAAGUUCGCUAUUAGUUCAACAAAGCGGUGGACUCGCUUUAUCUUCCCUUCAAAAUGUCUUCCUCUCCCUUACCUCGAACGCUCGAGCGAUUUAUUUAAUUCUCGUUAAAUAUCAAUUGAACAAUAGUAGCAGUAAUUUCACAGGAAUGCUGUUCAAGGAUCUAUAUCGAGCAGCGCGCGAACAGUUUCUGGUCAGUUCUGAUUUAGCAUUAAGAGCACAGUUAACUGAGUUUGUAGAUCAUAAAUUAGUACGAACUAAACGUGCAUUUGAUGGCGCUGAAUAUCUUAUUGUACCUCUAGAUAAGGGUCUCCUUAAACAAUUUGUGGAGCAACACGGAUCAUAAUUUAUUUGAUGAAUUUAUAAACUUGUGAAAUUCAGAUUUAAAUAUAUUUUAAUGUGA